AUGGAAAAUUCCUUUUACGAACCAACACAAAGGAGACACAGCAACAACAAUCUGGCAAACAUCAAAACUGAAAAUGUCUACACCACACCUAAACAACAAUCGUCACCAUCGCCAGGAAAUAACAUGGACACGGCGGAAUACAAACUUAACAUAGACAAUGUUAUGGUGUCGAUUGGUCCCAACAAUACCAGAAUACCCGCCAAAAUCUAUGAAAGUAUGAAUUGGAGUUCGGCAUCGAUUGCAACGCGUAAACUACUCAUGGCCAUAUUCGAUCGCAAAACCUUGGCAACGCAUUCGAUGACGGGAAAACCAUCACCAGCCUUCAAAGAUCAUGGCAAGCCAUUGAAACAAAUGUUAGAUCCAUCGGCAAUACAGGAUAUUAUUUUUGCCGUGACGCGUAAAUGUAAUGUCUCGGAAAAGGAGGUGCGCAAUGCCAUUACCACAAAAUGUGCCGAUGAAAAUAAAAUGAUGAAACUGCAAUUGAACAAGCGUACACCAAUGCGUGAAAUCAAAAAGGAAAAUACUAUUACCGUUAAGACGAAUAUGAUGAUGUAA